CAGCCAGAGCUGUGGCAGGUGGGACAAGGUAGAAGCAGCUUUGUGAGGAAGGCAGCAGCAAAGUGGGGUUUGUGCUGGAGGGGUGUGAGGGUGAGAGCAGCCACCCUCCUUCAUGGCACUUAAUUCAGAGAGAUGUGGCCUGUGUGUGCUCCUUGUUUGUCUGCUGGAGUUCAGAGUCUCUUGAACUGUGCAAAGAGGAGAAAACCUCAUCAGCGUGUUCCCUGGGAAUGGGGAAACUAAAAUAGCAUCCGUGAUGUCUGUGAGAGCUGGAAUGAGUGCAGGUGAGUGCUUGGGAAAUGAAGACAGAAGGUUCCAGGAUCAUCUUGUACUCUGGCUUCUCUCAAAACACAGCCUGCAGAUCAGCUGCCAUGGGGCUUGCACGUGAGGCUGGGGAAGAUCUCUUGCAACCAGAGGCAUUUUGGGCACUUUAUAUUGUAAAGCAAAGUCAUGAGAACAGGACUGAGAUGUGCUUAUGCUGUAGUGGCAGAUAAGUUAGGCUGUGUGUGGGCUGUUCUGCCUCUGCCUGUUUGGAGGAGCAAGAAGGGAGCAGGAUAGCAGGAUUAUGCAAAGUUUUAGUCAUAUGUUCUCCCUUUAAGCAAGAUUUACACUUUGCAAAGGCAAAUACCUGCAGCUGGAGGGGAUCAGUGUGUGAUCUUCCAGUUCUUCCACAUGAUACUUGUUGGCUUGGGGGGAGUGCACCACUCAGACACAGAAAGUGGGGGUUUGGGUGGGUUUUUUUUGUUUACUAUUAGGAACUUGAGCCUUUUGGCUUGUUCCAUUAGGCACAGGAGUUGCCAGUAGUUAAUAGUUCCUCCACUUAGAGCUGGCCAAGCAAGAAAGGUUUUUAAGCACCUUAUGUGCUUCACAACGUGGCCAGUUGUAACAAGCCUUAACAACAUGUAGUGUUGCUGCCCUUCUGAGGAGUUUUUUGGCACAGUUGUGAAAUCUGGGUGAAAUAUUUCACUCUGUUUAUUUAAGGGCUUUAUUUUCACUCCAGUGACUUCACCCUUCUGAUACAGUUGGUGGCUGAUAAAUAUAAUUGAGGUCAAAGGCAUCUCCAUUAUCCCGGUGCUCUCUGCCCUCCUUUUUAAAAAAGCAAACCCCUUCUUUCCAUGGUAACUUCCAUCACUAUUUUGUCUGCCCAGCUUGUGGAAUGGCUUUGGAAGACUUAGUAAGGAGAUGCUGGUACUUGUCCCUCCAGGUGGGAAGCCCAUUCAGGGUCCUAAGGACACCCUUAGUACACUUCAGGAGGAAACUAGAGAGGGAAAUCCCUUUAAAUCACCAACCGAUCCGUUUUUGAAGUUGAAAAAUCUGAGAUGCAUUAGAAUUCAGAGACCUCCCUUCGCCCAAGGUAUGGUGUGAAUAUGCGUUGCUUGGCAGCUCGGGUCAACUACAAGACUCUGAUCAUCAUCUGUGCCCUCUUCACCCUGGUGACGGUGCUGCUCUGGAACCGAUGCUCCUCCGACAGAGCCGGCCCCUUUCCCCGCAGCCCGGCGGGUCCCGAGCGCCGCGGCGCCGCCGGAGCCGCCUCCGAGAGCGACCCAGCCCGGCAGCAGAGCGAGGAGGCAUCUCCCCAGGAGCAGCAGAAGGCUCCUCCCGUGGCUGGAGGCUUCAACAAAGCCCCGGGGCUGAAGUACGAGGAGAUUGACUGUCUGAUCAAUGACGAGCACACCAUUAAAGGGAGGAGGGAAGGCAACGAGGUCUUCCUGCCGUUCAGCUGGGUAGAGAAAUACUUUGAGGUUUAUGGGAAAAUUGCUCAGUACGAUGGUUAUGACAGGUUUGAAUUCUCUCAUAGCUACUCCAAAGUAUACACACAGCGAGCACCUUACCACCCCGACGGGGUCUUCAUGUCCUUUGAGGGCUACAACGUAGAGGUUCGAGACAGAGUGAAGUGCAUAAGUGGUGUUGAAGGUGUGCCGCUGUCCACCCAGUGGGGACCUCAAGGCUAUUUCUACCCCAUCCAGAUUGCACAGUAUGGCCUGAGCCACUACAGUAAGAACCUGACAGAGAGACCACCCCACGUGGAGGUGUACGAGACGGCCGAGGAGAAGGACAGGGCCGGCAGGGCCGCCGACUGGACGGUGCCCAAAGGCUGCUCCCUGGUCACCGUGUCUGACAAGGCCAAGUUCACCAACGUCAAACAGUUUGUGGCUCCAGAAACCACCGAGGGGGUAUCUCUGCAGCUGGGGAACACCCGAGAUUUUAUCAUUUCUUUUGAUCUCAAAUUCCAAACGAACGGGAGCGUUUCCGUGGUUCUCGAGACGACGGAGAAGAACCAGCUCUUCACCGUGCACUACGUCUCCAACACCCAGCUCAUUGCUUUCAAGGACCGAGACAUCUACUACGGCAUCGGUCCCAGGACUAGCUGGAGCACCCUCACCAGAGACCUGGUGACCGACCUGCGGAAGGGCGUCGGCCUCUCCAACACGAAAGCUGUGAAGCAAACCAAAAUCAUGCCCAAGAGGGUGGUGAGGCUGGUAGCGAAGGGCAGAGGCUUCCUGGAUAACAUCACCAUCUCGGCCACUGCUCACAUGGCGGCUUUCUUUGCCGCCAGCAACUGGCUGGUCAGGAACCAGGACGAGAGGGGUGGCUGGCCCAUCAUGGUGACCAGGAAGCUGGAAGGGUUUAAAUCCUUGGAGCCGGGCUGGUACUCAGCCAUGGCACAAGGACAAGCCAUCUCGACGCUGGUGCGCGCCUACCUGCUGACGAAGGACCAGACGUUCCUCAGCUCAGCCCUGAGGGCCACGGCGCCCUACAAGCUGCCGUCGGAGCAGCGCGGGGUCAAGGCCGUCUUCAUGAACCGGCACGACUGGUACGAGGAGUACCCCACCUCGCCCAGCUCCUUCGUCCUCAACGGCUUCAUGUACUCCUUGAUCGGGCUCUAUGACUUAAAAGAAACGGCCGGGGAGAAGCUGGGGAAGGAGGCCCGGCUCCUCUACGAGCGGGGCAUGGAGUCCCUGAAGGCCAUGCUCCCCCUCUACGACACCGGCUCGGGGACCAUCUACGACCUGCGGCACUUCAUGCUGGGCACCGCUCCCAACCUGGCCCGCUGGGACUACCACACCACCCACAUCAACCAGCUCCAGCUCCUCAGCACCAUCAACGAGUCCCCCAUCUUCAAGGAGUUCGUCAAGAGGUGGAAGAGCUACCUGCGAGGUGGCCGGGCAAAGCACAACUAGAGCUGACAACCAAACCCCCCGUCCUGCUGCCGCCCAGAGGUGCAUUUCCAGAGGUUGCAUCUGAAGUAUUGGGUUUUUUUAACAGGCCGUUUCAAAGAAGUGAUCCUUAAAACUGCUCUGAAGUCAUUGCAUUCCGGUGUGGAAAUACCUGGGUCUGAUGGGUAGGAUUUGGGGACUUCACCUGUCCUUAGUGCUCCACGGUGACACUGUCUGCACGAAGCCAAACCCCUUUGUGCUCCUGAGUUUGGGGACGUUUUUUGGGUUCGGGUUUGUUGGUUUGUUGGUUUGUUUUUUUUUUCCUUGUUGUAGGAAGAUAUUUGCAGAAGCCAUACAGGUCUCUCAAGCCCAGCACUUGCCUGAAAAGUUUGGUCUGUGGCCUCUUUUAAAUUGGAGUUCUAUGUGUCUGCGUUGGAUCAGCUUAACAGAUCACGUGGUGUGACGCCGUCGACGUGCAUUUUCUUGUAGCCUGGGUAGUGGACAGUGUACCUUUGGAGAGGGGUUUCUUUUCAGAAUGAUUCUUUUCUUGGGGUGAAAAAUACACAUUAUUUUAUUUUUGUUCAGUUCUCUGUGUGGAGAGGAGCUGCACGGGUUCUUGACAGCUGUGUGGAUGGACACACAGCAUGCAGGCUUCAGUCCCCUCACGUCAGAGGAGCUGGGUGGGGCUCAUGGACCACCCAAAGCUGCACCCGUGACACCCCCUGUUUAUAGAGCCAAAUCUGCCAUCACCCGCCAGGUCUGCUGGUGUCACCUCCUCCCUGGUAGCUGGAAUCUCUUGUUGUGAAGCCCCAUGUUUAUUAUACCUGAGAAGUUUCUCUAAACUUCAGCAGCUUCACUCUUUGGGAGACUUGUCUUGAAUUCCUGCGUCUGACGUGAGGCUCAUUUUGGGAAGUGCAGGAAAUUCAGUUUGGAUUAAUUAGGGUCUUCCUGUGGUGGCUUUAAUUUUUCACCUGCUUGAGUAUAUCAAGCAUUUAAAAAAUUAAAAUCACCCCAGGGGUCUUUCCAGCUCCACCUGUGCUUCAAAUGCCAAGUUUCACUUCUGCCUCCUGUCCUACCCAUUGUGUGAGGGGUGGUUACAUCUUGGCACUGGCUUCUUGGAUGAGCUUUAUCCCUGGGGCUCUGCUGGGCGAGCAAGGGCACCCGUGCAGGAACCCACCACACGCAGCCCAACCCACAUGCUUCCACUGUGCUGUUGCAGUGCUGAAGAAACCCAGUUUAUUGAUCCUUUACACCCACCAUUCUUGACCUGUAGCAUCCUGGUUGAGCCAGAAGGGUCAAACCAACCAGUUGUUUCAUGAGCUCAGGGCUGUUUGGUUGGGUAGCGUAGCAGAUGAGGGGUUAUCAGCUCUGUUGAGGCCUGCUGGUGUCUGUAGGAGUCCCCAGCUCAAAAGCUCCCAGGAAUGCCAGCAAGGGAAGGACAUGCAUUAGCUGUGGGGUUUUUCCACUGAUCCUAUUACUGAAGAUGUUCAUACAAAAUUGAUUCCAAUCACAAACAGGCUGGGCACAAGGACAAUACUCAUCUUGAUUCUUUUUUUUUUCUUUCUUUCUUUGUUGGAUGCUUUUUCUGUUUCUUGCAGGCAUUUGAAACAACUUUGUAAUUGCUUGAUCUUUGCAAAGGCAUGCCAGGAUCAUACCAAUCCAUGCGAGGAGUGUAUGUCAGAGGAGAAAGGGCAAUACCAAAGGUAGCAGAGGUGAAUUUCUUUUUACACACAUGUUGUACACACAGUGCACAGACACACAACCCAGACAAAUGUGCUUCCUUUACAAAUGACUGGUCCUUACUGCAAUCUCAUAAACAUCUUCCUCCUGCCUGUUUCCUCCAUCUUUUGCCCCAUUUUGGAUUUGGGGAAUCUGGAGACUCUUUGUGUACUGCUGGAGAGAUGGUAUCGGUGCCUUAUGGAGGCCACAAUUUCCUCUUUGGUUUUUUUAAUCACUGCCAGUUGACAAAUGGCAGCGUGGCUGAUCUUCCAGUGCUGGGAGAGAGUCAGCCUGGUGGCUGCUGGAGCUCGGAAGGGUUGGUUGGCCAUGCCAACACUUUCAGUCGUGUCAGACCACCUUAUCCUUAACAUCUCCUUUGCCUUUUUGUUGGCCUUAGCACACAUGGAAAUUAAACCAACCAUCAGAGGUUGUAGAAGCAAAGAGAGUCAGCUUGGGGGUUCCUCCUGUUGGUUUUCUUUUGACCCAGUUGUGCAGUGGAAAAGGAUCAUUGGACAUGAGUGCCCAUAACUUCAUCGCUUAAGUCAGGGUUGGUUUGUUCGUUUUCAGUCUUCAAACUGACAAAGGUCUUAGUCACUAAGACCUGUUUAAGCUUUCCAUGAGGCUUCCUGGACACAGGGACGUGGUGCACACGGGCCUGUGCAGAGCAGUGACACACGAGCACAACCCACCAGUGUGGCAGGGCUGCUUUCUCUCAGCCAUCAUGCAAGACAUUCACUGAAAGCUGCUAUUUUCAUUCACCUUGUCGUUGUACUUGUAUUUUUUUUCUACUUUUUAUUUUAUAUUUUUUUUUACAUGUGGGAUAUACACCAUGUGUUAAAUAUGCAAUAAAUUGUUUACAGGAUGCCCUUGUAAAGGGAAGUCCUUUGUAAAGCUGUACAGACUUUGCAGUUUAAGCACAAUGUGCACAUGUUAGUUUUCUAUACGGUGAGACAAGACUUUUUGCAGAGGGAGAGGUUCUACUAUGUUUAUAUACAGAGUAAACGGAUCAACGUUUGUGCUUCAUGUAAAGCUGCUUUAUAAGACUGUAAAAUAAAUUUUUUUAUCUUAAGACAAA